CAAGAUGGCGGUGCUGGCGCCGGUGCUGGCGCUGCUGUCGGCCGUGCCCGCGCUGUGCCGCUGGCUCGCCCGCCCGUACUACCCGCUGUCCGCGCUGCUCGCCGCCGCCUUCCUGCUCGUGCGCAAGGUGCCGCCGCUCUGCCGCGGGCUGCCCUCACAGCGCGAGGAUGGGAACCCCUGCGACUUCGACUGGCGCGAGGUGGAGAUCCUCAUGUUCCUCAGCGCCAUCGUCAUGAUGAAGAACCGACGCUCCAUCACGGUGGAGCAGCACAUUGGGAACAUUUUCAUGUUCAGCAAGGUAGCAAAUGCCAUCCUCUUCUUCCGCCUCGACAUCCGGAUGGGUCUGCUCUACCUCACACUCUGCAUCGUGUUCCUGAUGACCUGCAAGCCCCCGCUCUACAUGGGCCCCGAGUACAUCAAGUAUUUCAGUGACAAGACCAUAGAUGAGGAGCUGGACCGGGACAAGCGGGUGACCUGGAUCGUCGAGUUCUUUGCCAACUGGUCCAGCGAGUGCCAGUCAUUCGCCCCCAUCUUUGCCGACCUCUCUCUUAAGUACAACUGCUCGGGGCUGCACUUUGGGAAGGUGGAUGUCGGCCGGUACACGGACGUCAGCACCAGGUACAAGGUCAGCACCUCGCCCCUCACCAAGCAGCUGCCCACCCUCAUCCUCUUCCAGGGCGGGACAGAGACCAUGCGCCGGCCUCAGAUAGACAAGAAGGGCCGGGCCGUGUCCUGGACCUUCUCUGAGGAGAAUGUGAUCCGGGAGUUCAACCUCAAUGAGCUCUACCAGAAGGCCAAGAAGCAGGCGAAGCCGCGGGAGGAGGAGCCCCCCGGGGGGCAGGCACCCACCGGGCACCCCGAUGGUGAGGCCAAAAAAGACAAGUAGAGGCUGCACUGUGCUGUCACCCAUCGCCUCCUCAUGUCACCCUGGUGGCACCAGCCCCGGCGUUGGG